GCCCAGUCUGAGCUGUGCACUCUCCAGGAAAUGGAGUUGAUUUCUUUGACAGCUCACUUGGACGUUAUUAACAAACACGAAACCGUUUAUUUGGUGCACAAUCACUGAAGCUCAUGUGAGCACGAUAAAAGUAAAUGGUCUAAGCUAUAAAAAGCUUCCCACACAGACAUUUUAGUUCAAUUUAGAAUCUGACUUCUUCUGAGGAGAGGAAAGCAAAUGCAGAUGUCAAAGAUGGCAACUGAGCCUAUAAGUCACCCGUACUGGCCCAGAGACCUGUUUAUCCCGAACUACACUGAAAAUGAGCGCUCCAUGUUGGAGAUCGUUACUUUCCUGUUCUCAGUGUCAGGACUGCUGAUGUUGUUAGCCUGGACUUUGACAGGAAAGAGCGUUGGAAGAGGAAGACUGAGCACAUGGAGAAGGUUAGCACUGUGCUGGUUUACCGUGUGUGGCUUCAUCCAUGGUGUCAUCGAGGGUUGGUUCUCUCUCUACUACACCGUCAUUCCAGGAGACCAGAGCUUCCUUUCUCAACUUUGGAAGGAAUAUUCCAAAGGCGACAGUAGAUAUGUCAUAGCAGAUAAUUUCACUGUUUGCAUGGAAACAGUGACUGCGUGUCUGUGGGGACCUUUUAGCCUGUGGAUUGUUGUGGCAUUCUUGUAUAAUCAUUCCUACAGAUUUGUACUGCAGCUAAUUGUGUCUCUAGGUCAAUUGUAUGGAGCAGUGCUCUAUUUCUUUACUGAACACAGAGAUGGGUAUAUGCACAGCCAGUAUGGACACCCUAUCUAUUUCUGGUUCUAUUUUGUCUUUAUGAAUGUUCUAUGGAUUGUGAUUCCUUUUAUUCUUAUUAUGGACUCGUGGUUCCAGUUGAGUUGCACCCAAGACAUGGCAGACAAAACAUCUCCCAAACGAAAAAAUAAAUAAAAGGAUGGAUGUUCCUGGAAAGAGAAUAAUAAAAGGAUGAAACUGGUGGGGGGAUAAAUUUCUGUGCACUGUUCUAGGUGACAUUUUGAAUAUAACUGCUGUUUGUGGUUAUUUUAUGUUAUAUUCAUACCACAAUAUAUGUAGGUAUACACAACCACACAAAAUGUUCAAUCAUUUCUUUGCUUUUAUGAGAUUACCUGUAUUGAUGGUUCUAAUAAAUUAACAACCCCUA